AUGUCUCAGGCUGAAGUUGACCCCCAUUUUGGCGCCGAGCUAAGGGAUGCCUUUAAGCCCGUCAAUGCCUGGGUCUCAAACGGUAUCAGCUGGCUGGAUGAGAUUCAACAGUUCUACCGAGAGCGCAGUGCCAUAGAGAAGGAAUACGCAUCGAAGCUGACGGCACUAUGUCGAAAAUACCACGACCGCAAGUCAAAGAAGUCAAGCAGCCUCAGCGUAGGGGAUACCCCUGCGAUGACACCCGGCUCGCUUGAAUCUGCUUCCUUGACAACGUGGACGACGCAGCUAUCUGCUAUCGAAGCCCAAGCAGCGGAACGCAACAAGUUUGGAGCGGAUCUUGAAUUUCGUAUCGCCGAACCCUUGAAACAAAUAGCUGUUAAGUACGAAGAGCUCCGCAAGAAUCACGGCGAAUGGUCUGGCAAACUGGAAAAAGAAAGGGACUCCUCUUAUAAUGAUUUAAAGAAGGUUAAAGGGAAAUAUGACGGAGUUUGUCAGGAAGUGGAAAAUCGGCGCAAGAAAAUGGAAUCCGCAUUCGACCAUGGAAAAGCAAAGGCACAAAAUGCCUAUCAGCAACAGCUUUUGGAGAUGAAUAACGUAAAGAACACCUACCUGAUUGCCAUUAAUGUCACAAACAAGCUUAAAGAAAGAUACUACUAUGAAUAUGUUCCUGAAUUACUUGACGGUCUACAAGACCUUAACGAGACUCGAGUGGCCAAGCUCAAUUCAAUCUGGACACUUGCCGCGCAAUUAGAAAAAUCAUUAAUAUCCAAAACUGACGAACAGAUUGCUCACGUCAUCUCUGAGAUCCCCCGAAACGACCCCAAACUUGAUUCUAUGAUGUUUAUCCGGCACAAUGUUGCGAACUGGCAGGAACCACAGGACAUGCAGUUCGAACCGAGCCCAGUCUGGCACGACGAUGCUACUAUGGUGAUAGACGAAGCUGCGAAGAUCUUCCUUCGGAAUCUCCUGACCAAAAGCAAAUCCCAGAUGAAAGAAAUGAAAGGAGAAGCCGAUAAGAAGCGAAGGGAAGUUGAAAACGCGAAGAGAGUUCGUCAAAGUAUCCGGGAUGGCAAGGACAAGCGGGAUGAGGUAGAGGUUGUCCGUGCUAUAUUCUCGAUGCAAGAAGACCUACACCAAUUUAACCGCAAACAAUUAACAGCUGAAGUAGAAACGUCAACUAUUACUUCAGUUGUAGGGGAUUUGUCGCUUGGAGCAAAGAAUCAUAACUUUAGGCCACAGACGUUCAAGAUCCCUACUAACUGCGACCUUUGUGGCGAACGAAUCUGGGGCCUUUCUGCAAAGGGAUUCGAUUGCCGAGAUUGCGGAUAUACAUGUCACAGCAAAUGUGAGAUGAAAGUUCCGGCAGAAUGCCCGGGAGAGCAAUCCAAGGAGGAGAAGAAGAAGUUAAAAGCAGAGCGGCAAGAGGCUGCCAAUGAGACUCGCCCGUAUAAAGCUGCAACGACAACAUCCAGUACGGCUGAAUUACCGGCAUUGAGCCGCCGGGAUACGAUGAAUUCACUGAGUUCAGGAUACGCAGCGAGCGCUACUAGGUCGACAUCGGCCUUGUCUAGUCAAACCACCGAUACUGGGCCUACAGAAUUACCUGCUACAGUGUCACCAGCCCAGAAGCCCACUGCAUUAAGGAAGCAUCGAAUCGUGGCUCCCCCACCGGAUCAAUAUGUAAGCGCACCACCGCCAAUUUCAAACGGUGGCACAGCUUCAAGACCCUCCGAGCCACGAGGGAAAAUGCUUUACCCUUAUCAAGCCAACGGAGAGGAUGAGAUAAGCGUUGACGAGGGACAGGAUGUUGUCAUUGUCGAGCCCGAUGGUAAAUAGCCCCGUUUGUGUGUAUAACGUUAUUCCUUGGUAGCCAGGCUAACUCGAUCGUGUCUUUACAGACGGCUCAGGCUGGAUGCGUGUUCGCACCGGCUCUUCCACGGGUCUUAUCCCAGCAUCCUAUGUUGAGUCGACUGCAUCCCAGGAGCCGGAGGGUCGUCCUGAAUCCAUGUAUUCCGUAUCGAGCACAUCACUGGCAAAUAGCCUCGCACAUAAGCGCCGUGGUCCUGCUGUUGCUCCCAAGCGUGGUGCUAAAAAAUUGCAGUACGUAGUCGCACUGUAUGACUACGAAGCACGUACGGAGGCAGAAUGGAGCAUGACUGAGGGCGAUAAGUUUGUGCUUAUCAACCGCGACAGUGGGAAUGGAUGGGCGGACGUUGAGAAAGGCGGAGUGACGAAGUGUGUCCCGGCGAAUUAUAUUGAGGAUGCCUCAUAGAAAUCUUUCGAUUACUUUUUCUUUUUUUGAGAGCGUUGUUUUCAUAUUGCUCGGCGGGUUCGUUCUCAGGCUGCGGAUAAAAUGCCCUUUUGCUGUUUUCUCCGGCAAGAGCUUCACUAUUGUUGUACUGGUUUGGGAUUUUCUACAUGCAUAUACAUCCUUAUUCCCCCGGCUGGUGUUUAGACGUGUGUGGAUACAUUGGUAGUGGCGUGUUAGCUUGCCUUUUUGAAAUUGCUUUGGAUAUGCCUGUAGACAAUCAUAGCCAGUCAAUUGCUGGUUUUCA